AUGACUCCUCGGCCGCGCAAGAAACUGCUCGGUAGGGAGUUCUACGAGAGCCUAGGAAGCCCUAAAAUGAUCCUGGCUCCCAUGGUCGACAGGUCUGAAUUUGCAUGGCGCAUGCUGACCAGAUCCUUCAUUGACCCUCAAUCCCCCAAUCCCCUCCUCGCCUACUCUCCCAUGUUCCAUUCGCGCCUAUUCAAUGAAAGCGCCAAUUACCGCCUUCAGCAUUUCGAAGCAACCCGUCCCAAACCCAACUCAAAAAUAUCAACUGCUGACGGCAAGGAACCUCAGCUACCAGACAGCCCAGUCAUCCCUUAUCUGGACGGAAACCCAACUAUCGACCGACCACUCAUUGUCCAAUUCUGUGCCAACGACCCGGACGAGCUCCUCCAUGCCGCGCGCACGGUGGAGCCCUUCUGUGACGCCGUCGAUCUGAAUCUCGGAUGUCCUCAAGGUAUUGCGCGCAAGGGCCACUAUGGUUCAUUUCUCCAGGAGGAGCCAGAAUUAAUCUACAAGCUCAUAAACAUACUGCACACGCAUCUAUCGAUACCAGUCACCGCGAAAUUUCGCAUUCAGGAGACGAAAGAGAAGACGCUGGAGUAUGCACGGAUGAUACUUAGUGCGGGAGCGAGUUUUAUUUCCGUGCAUGGGCGGCGGAGGGAUCAGAAGGGGCAUAAUACAGGCUUGGCGGAUUGGUCGUAUAUUCGAUAUUUGAGAGACAAUUUGCCAGCUGACACCGUUAUUUUUGCGAAUGGGAAUAUCCUGGACCAUGGGGAUAUUAUUCGGUGCCUGGAGGCUACGGGUGCGGAUGGUGUGAUGAGCGCGGAGGGGAAUCUAUGUGAUCCCACGAUUUUCACCACCCCACCACCAGUUGGUAGUGAGUGCAAUGGCUCUGGAUUCUGGAGAGGUCGAGAUGGGAAGGGUGGUUACCGUGUUGAUUUCGUUCUACGUCGUUAUAUGGAUAUUAUCUACAGAUACGUCCUUGAAGUUCCGCCCCCUGAGCGAAAGCCACUCUGUAUAUCUUCCAAUUCAACGACAAAUACCACUCAACCCCCCGACCCAACAACUAAUAAUGGGCCCGAACCCGAUGCAGAUGUAGACCACGAAGACGGCCCCCCCAAGAAAAGGCGCAAAAGAUCCAAAGAUGCCAAACCCACCUCUCCCAACCUCGUCUCCAUGCAGGGUCACCUCUUCCAACUCCUCCGCCCUCUUAUCUCCAAACACACAAACAUCCGUGACGCACUAGCAAGAUGCAGAGGGGGCCGGAUGGGCGACUUCGAAAACAUCGUCUCCCUAGUAGAAGACGCGGUUAAGGCGGGGAUCUUAGAGUAUGAAGCCUUUCCUGAGCGCUUCGAGGAAGACAAGGAUAAAGAUGCAAAAGGGGACGCAGAGAUAAAAGAACUAUCUGGCUCCAAGGCUACUGUGGCGCGGUACAAACGGCCGUGGUGGGUGUGUCAGCCAUACGUGCGUCCGCUGCCUGAAGAGGCGCUGCAGAUCGGAGCCAUGCAGCCGAAAAAACGGGACAUUGUCCACGCGAAUAAAAAUGACGAUGUCAACAAAAACCGUAGUGACCUGGUUGGGAAUUGA